AUGGCUGUAGAAUUGGGAAAUAUCGUUGUCCAGGCCAUUCGACAGCCAUUUCUUUGGAAAGUCAUUCCUUUGGGUUUAUUAUGGACAGCCUACCGGGUUAAUAAGUAUCUCAGCUGUCAAGCAUUAAACAAUGGCGUUCAGGAUACUUUCGAUUGGAAAAAGGAAAUCGUGCUGGUGACAGGAGGGUCUGAUGGAAUCGGCGCGGCAACAGUACAGAAGCUGGCUGAGCGUGGAACUUCCGUAAUUGUGCUCGACAUCCGGCCUUUGACCUACGAUGCUCCAAAAAACGUGCAUUAUUAUCGAUGCGACUUGACUAAUAGGUCCGAAUUGGAGUUGGUUGCCGAGAAUCUUCGUCGGGAGGUCGGUGAUCCAACAUGCGUAAUAGCCAAUGCAGGCAUUUGUCGCGGCAAACCUUUACUUCACGCCACCCCACGCGACAUUGAACUGACGUUCACCGUCAACAACCUCGCUCUUAUUUGGACAGCACAGAUAUUUCUCCCCUCAAUGGUCACGCAUAACCAUGGCCACUUCCUAAUCAUGGCCUCGCAGGCAGGGCAUCUAGCUACAGCAGGCGUGGUAGACUACGCCGCCACCAAAGCUGCCGCAUUAGCCAUUUACGAAGGCCUCCAGACUGAAAUGCGUCAUGUGUAUAAGGCACCUGCUGUGAGAAUGUCCUGCGUGUCGCCCUCGGCUGUGCAGACAAAGAUGUUUCGCGGUAUACGAACACCCGCCUCUGUCACGCUUUUGCGUCCCGAUGAUGUCGGCUCGCUGGUCGCGGAGAUAAUCUGGAGCGGACAGGCGCAAAAUCGAAUGACGCCUUCUUUGGCUUAUAUCUCGCCACCGACACGGGCACUUCCUGAUUGGAUUCGGGUGGGAUUGCAGGAUUUUGGGAAGGAUGUUAUGUCGGAUCUGUCCCCUCAUCAGCCAAUGGAGGAAAUUUAG